UUAUACAUCUAUGAGUGAAGGAACUUAACCUAUUAUUUUUUUGAAACAACAAGAAUAAACAUGGAAUAAACCAUGAAUACACGGAAUAAAUUCAAUAUGUGUGCUGUUUUACUAGAAUUAAUUAAGUCAAAAUCAGAAUUGUGUUUGUAUUCAGAAGAAAUAAACACUAAUGUUGCCCAAACAUUUAAACAGUGUUUAGAGGAAUGUUACAAACAGAAUCAGGAUAUAGACAAGAAUUUAGAAAUGAAAAUAGAAUCAGUGAUUGAUUUCUUGUAUGAAGAAUUAAAUACUGGUCAUUGGAGUGAAGUGCCUCUUAAUAUUAGACGUGCUUACAGUUCAGCAUCUUUUGUUAAAGCAAUAAUAUUAUUAAAGUAUGAUAAAUCUGGAGAAGGUAUUAAAAAAGCAUUAAAAUGUAUAGAUAUGGGUAUUUUGCUAGGUGCUCCUUUGGAGUAUAAUCAAAAUCUUUUAAUAGAUAGUGCUUCACAGUUGAUGAAACUUUUAAAUAAUAGUGAAGAGUGUACAGGAGUUUGCCCAGAGCCAAGUUCACAGGAAUUAGAAAUACCUGAACCAAAAAGAUAUAAAGUUGAUAACUCAGAAAAAGAAAAUUAUAUAUAUUGUGAAGGGGUUGAAAUUCCUACUGAAGACUGUCCAUCCUUGCAACAUUUCAAUAAUAAAUAUUUUAUGUCACAAGUACCUGUAAAAAUAAGAGGAUAUAUGUCCCAUUGGCCUGCUUCCAGUAAAUGGCUUGAUGUUAAUUAUUUAAUACAAAAAGCUGGCAACCGUACAGUUCCUAUUGAAAUUGGAUCACAGUAUGUAGAUGAAGAUUGGUCUCAAAAGUUAAUGACAGUAGGAGAUUUCAUUAAAACUUAUUACAGUAAUGAUGAUUCCACAGGAUAUCUAGCUCAACACAACUUAUUUGAUCAGAUUUCUGAAUUAAAAGAAGACAUUUGUGUGCCAGAGUAUUGCUGUUUAAGUAGAAAUUAUGAAGAAUGUUCAGAACCAGAUAUUAAUGCUUGGUUUGGUCCCAAAGGUACCAUAUCUCCAUUGCAUUUUGAUCCUAAAGAUAAUCUGCUUGCUCAGGUAUAUGUUAUAUUUAUAUUUAUAUAU